AUGUCGAACAAGGAAGAAGAAGUACAACGUUCCAAAUUGGCUGAACAAGCCGAACGAUAUGAUGAUAUGGCUAAUGCCAUGAAAAAGGUUACCGAAGCAAAUAGUGAAUUAACAAACGAAGAACGUAAUUUACUUUCGGUUGCAUAUAAAAAUGUUGUUGGUGCACGUCGUUCAUCAUGGCGUGUUAUUUCAAGUAUUGAACAAAAAACUGAAGGUUCAGAACGUAAACAACAAAUGGCAAAAGAAUAUCGUGAAAAAAUUGAAAAGGAAUUGAAAGAUAUCUGUCAAGAAGUUUUGACUUUACUUGAUAAAUUUCUCGUUCCAAAAGCAACAACACCUGAAUCGAAAGUAUUCUAUUUAAAAAUGAAAGGUGAUUAUUAUCGUUAUUUAGCUGAAGUUGCAACAGGUGACGAACGACAAAAAGUUAUUGAAGAAUCACAACGUGCAUAUAAUGACGCAUUCGAUAUUGCUAAAAAUCAAAUGCAACCAACACAUCCAAUUCGUCUUGGUCUUGCUUUGAACUUUUCUGUAUUUUAUUAUGAAAUUCUCAAUGCACCUGAUCGUGCUUGUCAUUUGGCUAAACAAGCUUUUGAUGAUGCUAUUGCUGAACUUGAUACACUUAACGAAGAAUCAUAUAAGGAUAGUACACUGAUCAUGCAAUUACUCCGGGAUAAUCUUACGUUAUGGACAAGUGAUGCACCUGAUCCAGAUGAAACUAAUCCACCAGAAGAACAUCAGUAA